GGAAGGUCAGGUGUAAUAUCAAGGCUGUAUUUAUAUAAAGACAGAAGAACAUGCUCUGGAAACCACUGCUUAGAAAGGGAAAAGACCAGAGGAUUUUGAUAGGCACACUAUGAGGAUCUUAAUUUUUGUGCUCACACUGAGCAUUUUCUCAUGUUCAGGGUUUCCAGUGUAUGACUAUGAACUGCCUGUCACAGAAGAGGCUCUCAAUGCUUCCAUUGCAAGAAUCAAUUCUCAGUCACGGGGGCCAAACUUGUAUGGUGUUGUCAGGAGCCAUGUUAGAAGUGUUGACAUGUGGAACAGCAAUGAUUAUAAGCUAGUGCUGCAGUUCAGUAUCCGUGAAACUGUAUGCACAAAAAUUUCAGGGAGAGACCCAUUCACAUGUGACUUCAAAAUAGGGCCUUUUGUGCCAACUGCUUUCUGCAGAAGCGUCGUGGUCGUCUCUGAAGAGCAGAUCGUGAACAUGGUUGUCCAGUGCCAUCAGGACAUGUCCAGCUCGGAAUCAAUAAGCAGUGAGGAGAUAAUGCGUAUGCAGAUAAUGAACCCCAACAGGCAGGGCAGCAGUCGCAGUGAAGGUCUAUUUGCUCCUGAAGCCUUCCCUUCAAGGAGAAGAGGUAACAGCUAUGGAGACUGGCAUAAACCCAGCUAUAUCAGCUCUGACAAGACUGAAUAGCACGAUUUGGAGAACCUGUGAAGGUGAUGUUUGGAGCCCAGUUAAUGGAAAUAACAGUGACAGGCACUCAUGAUUCAUUGGAUCUGGCAAGGCCUAUGCUGCACAUACCACCUUUGCUGCCCUGCUUCUGAGGAUCUGCGUGGGAGUAGCUCUAAUUGCUGCUGAUAUUUUACCUGCUGUAUUAUGGAGCUAAUCUAAAGGGAAAUGUUCUGAAAAGAGUUUUAGCAACACAGAAUGGAGGUGGUUCUUUAGCAUGUUAACCAGUUUUAAAACAGUUGGGAAAGGAAGAGGAAAUUUCUUAGCGCUAUGUUUUUGCCAUAAAAAGGACUUGCACGCUCAGUGGCUACAUGCCCACAGCAGGUCUGUGUCCCUGAGAGGGCCAGAACUGAGUGCUGCAUCUAUGUAGAGCUCAAUUCAGCCUCGCCCCAUUGGAAGCAAGACAGUUUUAGAUGCAGAUUGCACCCACGACUCACCAAAAACUGACACAGUUGUUACUCAUAAGUAUAUCCUUGAUAAACAUAUACGUGCUGAAGGAGAUAUACCCCCUACUUUCCUAGAAGCUUGGUAUGAAAGGAAAAACCCAGCAAUUCUGCUAGCUCAGGUCUUCAUUUGAUCUUGUAAAAAUGCUUUCAUUAAAUCCAUAUGCUAUUUUAGUUUAUCCAUAAGCCAGUACGAAUAUGCUGUUUUAAUUAGUGCCUUUCCUCUUAUAGGAAUUUCUGACUUUUCUAAAUGUCUUUGAACUUCCUUGAGCAUAUUGCAGUGGCAUUCUGGUGUGAAUUCUGUGUCCUUUUGGGUAGCUUUAUUCUAAGGAGUUAGUGUGGAAAGGCUGAGGCUUACUGAACAGUAACAUACUGUUGAUUUUCUGUUUCAGAGAAGAGAGGGAGAAAUUUUGUAAAUGUCUGACCUUUGUUGACUUCUGUGAACCAAACUU